UAGCCCAAGCAGGUCCUGCUCAGACAGUGGGUUCAGGCGACGUCACUGCCCCAUCUCCUGGUCAGACUGUAAGGGACGGCAGCAAGCUCCGGGGCCCGUGGGAGCAGAUAGAGCGGGGAGGUCAUGUGACCGGGGGCAAGAUUGUGUAUCAGUGCUCUGCAUUGUUCUGCACACGGCUGAGACCUAGCUCCGACCCUAGAAAUGUCUCUCUGUCAGCGAGCAGUGCGGCACACUAGUGUCAGUAUGGAGCGCUGCAGCUACACUGGAGCAGGACUCCGGGUCUAUCUGUACUGGAGCAAUGAUCAGGAGCAUUAUGUCAGCUACACACAGGACGUUACAACUGCAGAGGAAAUCUGCAUACACAUUGCACAGAAGAUUGGAAUUAGUCCGCUGUGCUAUACUUUGUUUGCACUUUAUGAUAUCCAGGAGAAAUACUGGUAUCCACCCAACCAUGUUUUUAAAAUCUCCAAAGAUAUGAAGCUUGUUCUCCAUUUCCGCAUGAGGUAUUAUUUCAGAAAUUGGCAUGCAUUGAAUGAGAAGGACCCGGCAGUGUGUCGCAAUGUCCCAAAGAACAAUGAUAGCAUCGAGGAUAAGAGCCACCCUGAUCUAGCCGAUAGCAUUUUGGAUCUGGCAUCUUUUGAAUACCUCUUUGAACAGGGGAAGUUUGACUUUGUGAAUGAUGUGGCUUCACUGAAGGAUUUCUGGACAGAGCAGGAUAUCCACAGAUUUAAGAAUGAGAGCCUGGGUAUGGCGGUGCUUCACCUGUCUCAUAUUGCCAUCAAGAAGAAGAUUUCACUGGAAGAAGUGGCGAGGCAGGUUAGCUUCAAAGAGUGCAUCCCAAAGUCAUUUUGCCGACAGAUCCAGCAGAAUAAUUAUCUCACCAAGUUCCGCAUGAGGAAUGUCUUUAAGAAAUUUGUUCGCCAUUUCCACCUCCAUACAAUGGGUCCUGGGAAGCUUACCGAGGAAGAUGUCAUGUACAAAUACCUUUCUACUUUAGAAAACCUGUCAUCCCGAUUUGGCUGUGAAGAAUUUAAGGCUCUCUCCCUUGAGCUUCCAACUGAGGGAGAGAAGCUCCCUCUUUACAUUAACGGAGGUUAUUUGGAGCACUCUGAGAUCACGAACAAGGAUCCUACCACUACCGCUCUGGUCAUGGUCAGUGGAAUGGAUGGAAUCCAGUGGAUGACCUCCAAAGAAGAGGAAAACACAGAGAAUGGGGUCCAGAAAAACUACUUCAGUAAGAAGAAGAACAAAGGACAGAAAAUGGCUAAGGCCUCCCAGGAGAGGACUGCCCCCAAAUGGGAGCAGUUCUGUGAUUUUCAGGACAUUACCCACAUUGUGAUCAGCAGGAGCAGAGUCAGCGUCAACUGUCAGGACAAUCGAUGCCUGGAGAUAGUUUUACCUUCAUACGAACAAGCUCUGUCUUUUGUGUCUUUGGUGGAUGGAUAUUUUCGACUCACAACAGAUUCUAACCAUUACCUGUGCCAUGAGGUCGCCCCCCCACGUCUGGUGAUGAGCGUCACAAACGGAAUACACGGACCCCUUCAUGAGCAGUAUGUGGCUCUAAAGCUGAAGCGGGAGGAGCAGGAGGACGGUCUCUAUAUUAUUCGGUGGAGCUCCUUCAAUUUUAAUAAAAUGAUAAUGACUGUGAAGAGCACCAGCCAGAACAAAGGGCUCAGUUACAAGCAGUUCAGAAUCGAAAAAAACAGCGACUCAUACGUCCUUGAGGGCUGGGACCGCGGCUUCCCCAGUGUCAAAGAAUUGACAGAAAAUUUACGUGGCUUCACCUUAAAAUCAGGGGAGGAAACAUUUACUGUGAAGAAGUGUAUACUGCCAAAGUCCGGAGAAAUCUCCAAUUUGACUAUCUGCCGCAGAGGCAGAAACAGCAAAGGGAGCCGGGUGUCCCAGAGCCUGAAUCUGAGCCAGCUUAGCUUUCAUCAGAUCCGGAAACACGAGAUAUUGCAGAAAGCCCACCUGGGUCAGGGCACGCGGACCAAUAUCUAUGACGGCUUCCUGCUUGUGAGCAAGGGGAAUGAACUGGAAGACGAUGAGCCCAGUGAAAUGAACAAUAAUUCCAACAACCAGAGGGUGAUCCUAAAAGCCUUAGACCCAACUCACAGAGACAUUGCCCUGGCAUUCUUCGAGACGGCCAGUUUAAUGAGCCAAGUUUCUCACAUCCACCUGGUGUUUGUUCACGGAGUAUGCGUGUGGGAAACUGAAAAUAUCAUGGUGGAGGAGUUUGUGGAACAUGGGCCCCUGGAUGUCUGUCUGCGAAGGGACAAGCUGAGGAUCUCCGCGGGCUGGAAAUUCACUGUGGCUACGCAACUAGCAAGCGCUUUGAGUUAUCUGGAAGAUAAAAACUUAGUCCAUGGAAAUGUCUGUGCAAAGAAUAUUCUAUUGGCCAGGAAAGGUCUGGAGGAAAGGUCUUCUCCCUUCAUCAAACUAAGCGAUCCUGGGGUGACCUUCACAGUGCUGUCCAGAGAAGAGCGUGUAGAGAGAAUCCCGUGGAUUGCACCGGAAUGCAUUCAGAAUGUCUCCAGACUCAGCACAGCUGCUGAUAAAUGGAGCUUUGGAACUACACUACUGGAAAUCUGCUUUAACGGGGAAGUCCCCUUAAAGGAGAGGACCCCUUCAGAGAAAGAACGGUUUUAUGAGAAGGAGCUUGGAUUGCCAGAACCAUCCUGCAAGGAACUUGCUACUCUUGUUGGACUGUGCCACAAUUACAACCCUGCGGGAAGACCCUCUUUCCGAACAAUUCUCCGGGACCUGACCCAGCUUCAUCCUCAAGAUCUUUCUGAUAUAGCCUCCAUUAGUCCAGAUUACUCUGUUACUGAUCCCACUGUGUUUCAAAAACGUUACCUGAAAAAAAUCCGUGAACUGGGAGAGGGGCACUUUGGAAAGGUCAGCUUAUACCGUUAUGAUCCAAAUAACGAUGGCACUGGAGAGAUGGUGGCGGUGAAAUCCCUAAAGUCGGGAUGUAGUCAACAGCUAGAGAGCAGCUGGAAAGGAGAGAUAAAGAUCCUAAAAGCUCUUUACCAUGAAAACAUUGUGAAAUACAAAGGAUGCUGCAGUGAGCAAGGAGAUAAGAUUGUUCAACUGAUUAUGGAGUAUGUUCCCCUAGGCAGUCUGCGUGAUUAUUUACCUAAACAUCAUGUCAGUCUGGCACAGUUACUGCUGUUCGCUCAACAAAUCUGUGAGGGCAUGGCUUACCUUCACUCUCAGCAUUACAUACACCGCGAUCUCGCUGCUCGCAAUGUCCUGGUCGAAAACGAAAAUGUUGUUAAAAUUGGUGACUUUGGACUUGCCAAAGCCGUACCGGAAGGCCAUGAAUACUACAGGGUCAGAGAAGAUGGAGACAGCCCUGUAUUCUGGUACGCCACGGAAUGUCUCAAGGAGUGUAAGUUCUUCUAUGCUUCAGAUGUAUGGUCAUUCGGGGUCACCCUGUAUGAGCUUCUGACUCGAUGUGACUCUUAUCUCAGCCCUCCUGCUAAAUUCAUUGAAAUGAUUGGAGCCACUCAAGGACAAAUGACUGUAGUGCGGCUGAUUGACCUUCUGGAGCGAGGUCAGAGGUUACCGUGUCCUACAGACUGUCCCCUGGAGAUAUACAAGCUAAUGAAAAAUUGCUGGGAGACUGAAGCUAAUUUCCGACCAUCUUUCACCAAUCUCAUCCCCAUCCUGAAAUCCUUUCACACAACCUAUACCACACAAGCCCCAUCAGUGUUUAGCCUGUGUUAGACCCACGAGCAUGAAGAGCAGAUGUAUUGAGCCAACAGCCCAUUCAAAACAGGCUGUCUAUUGCCUAAGAUGAGCCUCCUUUCUGCAUUGCAGUAGAUGGACCUUCUUGUCAUGUUUUCCGCAUUGAUGCAAGAUGGACUUCCUUUUCAUGUUUUUUACAAUGCUAGGAGAUGGACCUCCUAUCCAAGGAAGGGGGCAGCUUGCAAGUCCAGUUUUGGCUGUGUUUAAGUCAGACUUGAGCUAUGUGCUCUCCAUAUUCAUUCUGAAGACGUCUGGAAUCAGAAGCCGAACUAUUUUGGUUAUACGCCAAGUGGAUGUUUGUCAUCUAAGGAGUGCAGUAGAGUUACAGAAAAACCUCCCACGGCAGAUCCUUUUUGAUGGGCCCCAAAAUAUGUUAAUUACUCUAUAAACAAAAUGUUGCUUCUUCAGUGGUCAAAGCAUCUGACCAAGGAAGACAUUUUAUUUCAAAAAGGUGACAUAUUUAAUAGGUUAAGGGAUCAGUACCACAUGGAUCGCUAUGUGAACUAAUGAUCGUGACAUUUUGAAUGUGUUAAAAAGUUCUUCUUAGUAGGGAGCACAGUGACCUAAUGGUAGUGACAUACCGAAUGGGUGAAAAGGUCUGCUCCGAUAGGGAGCACAAUGACCAAUGACUGAUCAGUACCAGGUCUGAGCAAAAUGACAUUGUGAUGUCUAAAGAUCUGUGGGUAAAAGAGUUGGGUCUGCCCAGUGACAAAGUGACGUGUCGGAAAAAUGCGGUUACCAUGAAAGCCUUUAUCACUUUAAGACUGUGAAUAUAUCUUUAUUUGCCAGUUGCAAUUUGGAUAUUCACGCCAAAGUAUUUUUUUUUUUUUUUUUUUUUUUGCAAGGCAUGCUGCUUGUCUUAAUACACAGGACUUUUUCUUUUUUUCUUGUUAUAAAUUCCUCUGCAAGCCCCUGCUUGCUGUACAGUAUAUGUAUUACACAUACAAAUGCACUUUUGUGCAGAGUAAAUCCAAAGCCUCUCAUUAUGUGAAUUAAAUUAUGAUUUCAAUCCUGCCAGCUCGUUGCCAGAGGUCUGUAGACACCUUAACCUACUCCUUUUUCAGCACUGUUCUGUUAUACGAGCAAUAAAAUAUUUUACGUCUA